GUUGAAGGGCGUGUGUGGGACUCGCGCUUCCGAGUGGUCCAUGAGGAUUUGCAGGAGCCUGGGAGUUGUGGCAUCGUGACGCGGCGAGAGUAUCGGUCCGUGGGUGAGGAGAAUUCGGGUUGUGGACGUUGGUGCCAGCACUAUGUCCCUCGCGCAGGGCGCUAUGAUGUGGCCGUGGCUCACUCCGCAUCUGUGUGCUUCCAAUAUGCCCUGGAUCUGCUCAACGUCUCCGCCUUGCACAAUGCCCUUUUCAUGAUCGCAGGUGCCACAAAGAACGAAUGCCUGGACCAGGGAUGGUUGAGCCAGGCGAUACAGCUAAACUUCUCUGCGGGAGUGAAGGAGCUCCUGCACUGGGGUGCCAGCCCAGACAACAGCUCGGUGGGUGCGACUCCUUUGCAGACCGCAGCGGCCCAUGGCAACAUCGGGGCCCUUCGGCAGGUUCUGAAUGCGAGCACCGAUGUCGCUGCCAGGACUGAAGCGCUGGUGGCCGCAGGAAGCCACUGCCACGCCGAGGCCCUGGAGCUGUUGGCAGAUCAUGGCGCGACCGUGGCCAACAGCAGCAAGUGCGACGAUUCGAUCCUUCUGCGGGUGGUCAAGGAGCACGCCAUGAAAACGGAGGCGUGUCAGCAGAAGGCUCAAGGUGCAACAGUUGAGGGCACUGCGCGGAACUACACGGCCCUCUGGGACGUCCUGUCCGCCCUGCGAAAGAUGAACAGCGCUUCGUACAACGAUUGCAGAGGCCUGGCAUUGAGGAAGGCGCUGGCACGAACCGACUUGGGGGCCGUGAAGUUGCUCUUGGAUGGAGUGAAGAACGUGGACCAGCUGGCAGGAGCCCCGCCGUUGGCAAAGAGCUUGGCGAACCUCCUGUCUGCGAAGACCUUCACGGAUGACGUCUUCCUGAAGGCGGCGACCCUUCUCCACGCGCAUGGCAUGGACCUGGAGCCCAAGAAGAAAGCUUUGCUGCCCUUCGCAGCCGAGCGCUGCAACGUGGGGUUGGUCAAAGGCCUUCUUGACCUUGGGGCUGACCCCGGAGGGCUUUAUCGCAGAACCAAUGCCAGCGUUUGGGCCGAUAAGUGUCCCGAGAUCGAAAAGGAAGCAAUCCAGUCCGAGUUGCGGAAACAGGCAACUUGA